AUGGAAGAACAUAAUCAAAAUGGACAAAAUGAAACACAAGUGAUGGAAUUCUUCCUUCUUGGCUUCCCUGGGUCUCAGCAAUUUCAAAUGUUCAUCUUCAUGAUCUUUCUUAUCAUGUACUUCCUGACAGUCUCUGGAAAUGUGGCCAUCAUCAUUUUAGUAAUAACAAACCAUCAUCUCCACACUCCUAUGUACUACUUCCUUUGCAAUCUCUCCUUCCUGGAUAUAUGGUACAUAACUGCCUCUGUUCCCAAGAUCCUUGCCACAUUUCUGGGAGGCAGCAGAAGAAUCUCCUUCACUGGCUGCAUUAUGCAGAUGUAUUUUGUCUUUUCAUUUGGGAGCACUGAACAAGUCCUGCUAUCUGUCAUGGCUUAUGAUAGAUAUCUGGCCAUAUGUUAUCCCCUGCACUACAACAUCAUCAUGGACAUUAACCUCUCUAGCAAGUUGGCACUUGCUUCUUGGCUAUGUGGAUUCCUUGUUGUGUCUGUACCAGCCUAUCUGAUUUCAAGACUAUCCUUCUGUGGGCCCAACAUGAUUGACAACUUCUACUGCAACAUUGAUUCUUGGAUAGUUCUCUCUUGCACAGAUACCUUUGUCAUUGAGAUGUCAUCUUUUGUCAUCGCCAUUGUUGUCAUUGUGGGCUCAUGUGUGAUAACCCUCCUUUCCUACAUAUACAUCAUUUCCACCAUCCUGCGCAUCCCUUCUGCCAAAGGACAGCAAAAAGCCUUUUCAACAUGCUCCUCCCAUCUUGCCCUUUUGAUCAUUUGGUAUGGCUCCACUAUCUUUCUCUUUGUCAAGCCUUCUAAACAUAUAUCUUUAGAAAUGAACAAAAUCUUGAACACCCUCAGCCUUAUUGUGGUUCCACUGCUGAAUCCUUUCAUCUACACUCUAAGGAACAAGGAGGUGAAGGAAGCCUUGAGACAUUUAUUGCAUUGGCAUUGA